AUUCGUGAAGUUGAUCUUAACAAGCUUGAGCCUUGGGAUAUUCAAGAGGAAUGUAGAAUCGGUUCGACGCCGCAAAACGACUGGUACUUCUUCAGCCACAAAGACAAAAAGUAUCCAACCGGGACCAGGACAAACCGGGCAACAGUUGCUGGAUUCUGGAAAGCUACGGGACGUGACAAGAUCAUAUGUAGUUGUGUCCGAAGGAUUGGAUUGCGGAAGACACUCGUGUUCUACAAAGGAAGAGCUCCUCACGGUCAGAAAUCCGAUUGGAUCAUGCAUGAGUAUCGCCUCGACGAUACUCCAAUGACUAAU